GUGACGCACUCAGUCUGCGACAGCGCCGCAGAAGACAUCAUGGACGUUCCUGUGGCGAAGAAGCGUGGCCUCGAACAUUUGGACGAAUAUGAACCGAAACCGGCCAAAUACCUCCGCAGCCUGCACGACCGCAUGGCGGAGAGGAGGCUGGUCGUUGUCCUGGAGGGAGCGUCGCUGGAAACCGUGAAGGUCGGAAAAACAUUCGAGCUGUUAAACUGUGACCAGCACAAAAAUAUGAUCGUCAAAAGUGGAAGAAAUCCAGGACACAUACGACCAGAUAUCACACAUCAGAGUCUGCUCAUGUUGAUGGACAGUCCACUGAACAGGGCAGGCCUGCUGCAGGUUUACAUCCACACAGAGAAAAACGCCUUGAUAGAGAUCAACCCGCAGACCCGCAUCCCGAGGACAUUCACACGCUUCUGCGGCCUCAUGGUUCAGCUGCUGCAUAAGCUGAGUGUCCGAGCCGCCGAUGGUCCACAGAAGCUCCUGAGGAUGAUUAAAAACCCAGUGUCCGACCACCUGCCUCCUGGCUGCCCUCGCAUCUCCACCUCCUUCUCCUCGGGAGAGGCCGUCUGCCCCCGGUCUCUGGUGCCGGAGGGACCGGCCACUCUGGUGAUUGGGGCAUUUGCACACGGAGCGGUGAAUGUGGACUACACAGAGAAGACCGUGUCAAUAAGUAACUACCCGCUCUCUGCAGCUCUGACCUGUGCCAAGAUGUGCUCUGCCUUCGAGGAGGUGUGGGGCGUCCUGUGACAAACAGUUACUGGACUACUGAUGAGACAGUAGAACACUUGAUCGUUCUGUCAGUGGACUAAAGAUGGAUAUAACAGAAACAUUGCACCUGCGUUUCACCAGUGACGCCAAGAGGACUCUAGACAUAUAUAUUUAGUGAUAUGUGUAACUUCCACCAUGUGGAGUCUACAUUAACUUUUGUACCCAAUUUUCCCGUUGCAUGUUUUUGUAUCAUUUACCUAUUGUAGCAACCAAUUCCUGGAGCUAUGGGUCUUGAUACAGUUCCAUUAAAACAUAUGAUAAUA